AUGUCGGCUCCUACAAGCGUUCGUGGCCUGCUGGCGAAGUUUGAGAACAACAACGUCAGCAACAUAUCAACAUCUCCGCCGUCUCGAGGCCGCUCGCCUGCUGGGUCAGACCACUCCGCCGCUGGCAAGACCGCUGUCCAAAGCAGCUCCGGUUCCCCUAUACUCGGCCUCAAGAGAGUAGAGUCAUUUGGUGCUCCUCCACGAAGCGUGACAGACGAGAUGGGCAGCCCAAUUGAUAGAAACACCACCCGCACCCCGGUGGACAGCACCUCGCCGAGAAAAUGGGGCACUCCUCAACAGCAACAACAGGGAGGCAACAGCCUGGAUGGUGUUAUCUCGCCUCGAAAGCUCUCUGACCCAAUUGUGUCAAACGUCGGCACAGAUAAGACCGCUGCCGCUGCUGAUGGCAAGGUCAAGGCCGGUCUGGGUACUAUCCUGAAGGGAUCGCCCUUUGAAGACACCAGUGCACCUACAAGCCCGGCAAAGGGUCGACAGGCCGGUAGACAGGCGAAUAAGACAGACGACAAGCUGAACGGAAAGUCGAAGACGGCUACUCCUGCUACUGCAUCAGCUACUACAACCAAGACCAGCUCGCGUUCGGCCACCAGCUCGAGCUCAGGGGAAAAGUCCAAAGCUACACCACGGCCAUCAAUGGCAGGCUCCAAGCCAUCGUCUGCUCCCAGAUCUGCCAGAUCUCCAGCUGUACCAGCUACAACCGCAAAGGAAACCGCACAGUCUCAAACUAUAAACGCUACCAAGAAGCUCAACAAAGUCCUGCAAGAACCAGCAGGCAAGACCCAGAGUACUGCCACCGGCAGCCCUGCCAAAGCCAAACCGGCUACUUCAGCUCACAAGAACGGCGGUCCCAAGUCCCCUACCCGUCCAACCCGCACUCAUGGCUCCAUGUUGGCUCCCACAGCUUCAUCCACAGCAAAAGCACCUGGCUCAUCGCCGUCACGCCCAUCAAGCCGGAGCAGCACACCUGCCAACACCACCAAAACUCAAGCCCUGAGCCGCAAACCGUCAACCUUGCGACCUUCUGCCCCUCGAACCACAGGUCCAUCCAAACCUUCCGGCCCGUCCGCCACUACGACUACCACAUCCACGGUUCGCAAACAAGGUUCCCGGGCCUCCCUUGCACCACAGCACUCUUCCACACACGACAGGCCGACUUCUCGCGCCAGCAUGGCCGGCUCCAGACCGGUUGACGACUCCUCCCUGGCAAGACUAAUAAGACCAACUGCAAGCUCAGCGAGUAAGAGGCAGGAGAAACUGGAGGUCACUAGUCCCCCAAGACUUGCUCCCAACAAGGCGCAUGCACAUGCACCGGCUACCAGGAAACCAGGUGCAGAAAAGACGACGAGGACCACAUCACCAACAACGGCAACAACGGCAGCUCACACAGGAAGCCCGGCGAGAACUAAGUCGACCAGACCAUCUGUGCGACCUGCUGCAGCACCUGAGGUGGCGUCGUCGAAACCUGUUGCUGCUGAGCCGGUACCUGUGAAAGAAGCAAAAACUGUGGAACCAGUGAAGGCCGAGGAGCCUGCUCCUACUCCUGCACCCGCUGAACCUGAGGUUGAAGUCGAGACCCUGCCUGUAGUGGAAGAAGCUCCAUCUGAACCUGCGAAAGCAGCCGAGGUAGCGGGUGAGAAGCCAGCGGAGGUCCGGGAAGAACCUAAGCAGGAAGAAACCAAGUCAGAGGAGCCUCAGCCUGAACCUCAGGAGGAGGUUAAGACUGAGACUACUGCAGAGCCACAACCAAAGGAGGCCGAGACCGUGGAGCCUGGGCCAGAGGAGCCAGCGCCAGAAGAGGCUAAGCCAAAGCCCGUCGAGGAGCUAGAGAAAGGAGAACCAAAGCCAAUGGAAACUGAGCCUGCCACCGUUCAACCAGCAGAGCCAACAGCCGUCGAAGUAUGA